AUGUUCUACGUCGCGAGCAGCUGGUCAGAGAACUACGGCGAGAGCGGCGGGCAGGCGGGAGGCAAUUUCUCGAGGGCCUUCGACGCGAUCCUGUCGGACAGGAGGAUCACGCUGUGCGGCCUCAUCUGUAGCUCCUUCGAGUCCUCGAUGUUCAUCUUCGUGUUCAACUGGACCCCGUGCCUGAUGGAGCCCGAUCAGCCGGUCCCGCCAUUCGGCCACAUCUUCAGCGGCUUCAUGAUCUUCUGCCUGCUCGGAACGCGCGUGUACGCCUACCUCUCGGGGUCGUUUUCUGUGGAGCAGAUCGGGUUGAUGGUGAUGAUCGUGUCGGGCGUAUGCCAUAUGGUCGCCUUCCUCUUCCAGGACGUCAUGGUCCGAUUCGUCGCGUUCCUCGUGUUCGAGGCCUGCGUGGGACUGUAUUUCCCGAUGAUGGGCACCCUGAAAGGCGACAUCGUGCCCGAAGACAUGAGGUCAACAAUCUACAACAUCUACCGGCUGCCUCUGAACGUUCUCGUCCUGUUGCCUCUCCUGAUGAACUUCAGCAUCUCGACCACGUUCACGGUGACCACGGCAAUCUUGUGCGUCGCAUCGUUCUCCGCCUUUAACUUGAUGUCCAUGCCGAAGAAGGGGGAGAAAGCGGUGGAUCUGGAGAUGGAGGCGGCCAGGGUUGGGCAGGCCUCCGACAACCUCUGA